AUGCCACGCCGGGGGGACAGUGGCUCGAGCAGGCGGACGCCGCGUCGCAGGGCACACAGGAAGCCCGUUAAAACCGACCCGGGUCUCGCAAAGAAGUCACAGUUCCUUACUCACCUCCUUAAACACCUGGAUCUCCUGGUAUACGCCGAGAUCGCUACGAUCUACUACAUGGAAUGCUCCGCCGUACGAUUCUUCCUCCGGGCAUGGACGCAGCAGAACUUCCUGAGCCCCAAGCCCGACGACUGGCCGAUACCCAUGCCUGCGAUCCAGUCGCAGAUCCUCGCCGUCUUUCUCCCCGCCACGCUCUGCCUCUUGGUGCAUAUAUUCGGCACGUUGCCGACUGCGGGGGAAGCGUCUCGAGGGUACUUGCACGGCGGCAUGAUCGUGGACUUUAUCGGCCAGAAACCACCGACGACGAGGUUGACGCUACUAGGACUCGAUCUCCUGAUUCUUGUGCUGCAGUGCUUCAUGCUCACUGUCCACGCCGAACGAGAGAAGAUUCGAGCCAUCAUUAAGCCGAAACGGUCUCGGCUUGUCGCUGCUCUCGAGGAGGUUGCCGAAGAUAUUAACGAACUGUUACCGAGUCAGCAUGACGAUGUGUUUCGCGCCGGCGGCGGGGCGACACGUAGCUCGAGGCCGGCCCGGGAGGAUAACGGAGAUAUCGAGAUGCAGGCUUUGGGGAGGACAGACAGCCGAGGCUCGGUUGGGGAUGACAACGAUGAUGAUGAUGAUGAUGAUGAUGAGCGUUCGGCGUUCUUGGGUGGUGCGUCGGCAACAUCCUCGCCAAGGGCUUCUCUGCUGGAUGUCAUGAGUUCGGGAAACGGCAUGCUGCGAGAAUUUCAUGUUCUACAUACCAUUCGAAGUGCGACGCCGGAUUUCUGGGGUACUGUUGGUCACACGCUACAAUCUGCAGGGUACCAAUCGACUAUGGCCAGGUUAAGGGCGAGUAGAAGCGGGACACGGUUAGGGGGGAAUUGA